GGACAAGGCGCGUCUGAUGCCCGUCUUGUUUUCACAGAUACUGCAUAGUUUGGGACUGUUCGAAUACUUCACGCCCUUCCGGAUCCAUGGAUAGGCGUGCUCCAGGCGUGUUCUAAAGCCCCACCACCCCUCAUUCGUUGCCAACACCAUCACCCGCCGUGGAUGACCCGGGUUGUAUGGUAGCAGCUCUGAACAUAUCGCGUUUCGGGGCUUCUCGACUACUCGUCAUCCAGUGUUCGGUGGCGGGUCUACUCUGUGUCACCUGUCCUCGUGGACAAAGCACGAGCUCCUUACCGCCCGUGAGCUAGGUACCAGCAACACAUGCACUAGCAACACAUCGCACUCUCUCCAUACACUUCAACAAGGCUCACCAUGGAAGACGGAACCAUGCACCUACAGCCAGGGCGUAGCAUAGGCUUCAUGACCCUUGGUUGCUCCCUUCACGAAGUGCUCACAACGAUCAAGGCCGAAGUCAAGGCCUUUCCGCGCUUCCAGCUCUACCAUGACGACUUCCGGCCCCUUUCAUCCCCAAUACAAGUCGUCCUUCCCGACAACGGUCUGCGCUUACAGUUCGACGGCCCUGACCAGCGGCUACGUCUUAUCGAAGUGCUCGAUUUCGCCAAAGCCCGACUAGUAUACAAGGAUAUCGAAGUUUACAAGCCUGGAGACGGAGGCUUCACGGGAGGCCUAUCCGGUCCAAGGUUCAGGCAUGUCUAUGACAAGCUAUUGGGGCCGACCUAUGGUGGAGAGUAUGUGCCGCCAAAGUCGGAAGAUCCGAACGCCAUGGGCACAUACAAUCUAUCGUAUCCAGGGAUAGCCUUCAACUUUCCCGUACAGCACGCUGCAUACUCUCCCAAGAAAGACUUCAUCUCGCUUCUGUCAUCGUCUGCCACGGGCCCUGCAACGUCCAUGGCUGUCUUUAGCGGGGAGUCGUGGCAGAAAGCACGCGCCACCCUAUUCACGUCUCCUCCCGCGAACCCAAGAUCACUGAUGCUAGGAAAAACAAAGGAUGGUGGGCCAGACGAGAUUGAAACAGUCAGGGUACAUGGAGAGGGCAGAAUAGAACUUGUCAGGCGGUCUAGCCCUCCGUUCUGGAUUGUUCUUAGUGAGACAACUCCUCAAGAUUUGAUCAUGGAGCUGGGGGCCCCGGACUCGAUCUAUCGCAAGAAUGACCACCGUUUGUCUAUCCACAAGGACCGGAGAACAAGCGAUGCAUCAGAUCUAUCCCCUGGUGGGCUUACGCCUGACGAAGACUCUGAUCCUGGCUCGGCUAUAAGAAGCGAUGAUGAAGACGCAUGGGAAGGCGAUGAUGACGCCGCGCUAGAAGCUCAGGAGCGUGAGGUUGCUGCGGCAGAGCAUUUCUACAACUACUACCACCAUGGCUUCGACAUUUUAAUAUCACAGCCUACGCACAUCUCGCCACCUUCACCGACGGCGGAAAGACGAGACGCUGAUUUACAUGAAGCAGGGGAGCCCAGUGCGCAGCCCCUCAACCAUCUCACCGCGACCAAAGUAAUAUUCCACGGCAACGUCCCUGGCUCAUACCAGUUCAACCGACACAGAAGAAGCCGGUGGACUCUUGAGCACGUUCCCUCGGCCAUGUACCGUGAGCCUCUCAACUCUGAAAUGGGUUUUGGCGAUAUUUCCGGCCGUCUGAAAGAGGUAUUCAAACCGCACUACGAAAACGAGGAGCAGGAGAGACUACAACAGCGCGGCAUGGCUUUGAACCGAGGCUGGGGAGAUAGUCCGGGGAGUAGCUGUGAGCUUCUUGGGGGAUGGGAAGACAGUUCAGGGAAGAAAAGCAAGUUUGCCAAUGCCGGCAGUGUGCUUAUGGAGGGUACCACAGACGUGGGUAACGUGGAGCUAUUUGGGUUUCCAGGCAUGGUGUUUGAAGUGCUCAAGAAUGGAGCUGUAAGCUCUUUGACUGUUUACUGAGACUACGAUUUGAAUCCGGAGUUUGGCCCUUGUCUUUGGGGCAGGAGUUGGUUAGGCGCUUUAGAUACGACUGUUGGAUGGCACAUUACAGAUAAUAGGACUUUGAU